AUGAAGAGCGUCCUGUUUGCCCUGGUGCUCUGCAGCCUCAUCGCUGCGUCGUUCGCGACCUACGGCGUUGACGUCUCGCAGGAGACCCUGCCCUCGGCCUGGUCCUGCCUGAAGCAGAACGGCUACUCCUUCGGCAUCGUCCGUGCCUACCUCUCGAUUGGUCAGGUGGACAGCGUUGGCCCUCACACCAUCUACAACGCGUGGGCGGGUGGCAUGUCCCACGUCGACGUCUACAUGUUCCCGUGCCCGCAGUGCGGCAAGUCGGCCGCCACCCAGGUGCAGGAGGCCGUGCAGAACCUCCGCAACUACAACUGCCAGUACGGCAUGUUCUGGUUCGACAUUGAGGGCUCGCAGUACUGGAACGACGUUGCGUCGAACAGGGCGUGGCUGACCGAGGCCGUGAACCAGGCCCUGUCGAUGGGCCAGACCGUGGGCAUCUACACCUCGCAGUACCAGUGGUCCUCCAUCAUGGGCUCGUGGACCGGCGCCUCCCGCUUCCCUCUGUGGUACGCGCACUACGACAACAACCCUUCGUUCUCGGACUUCUCGCCGUUCGGCGGCUGGAACCAGCCCGCCAUCAAGCAGUACGUGGCAACGCCGUCGUGUGCGGCGCUGGCGUCGACGAGAACUUCUACCCUUGAACGAAGCCGAGGCUCGUAG